AUGUCACAGUGGUCCCUGGAGAGGGGUUUGGCUGCUGCCCCUUCCUCCCCGGCCCCUCCAUCCGGCAACCUUGCCUCCCUUUUGGCCGGCAGCCUGCUGAGAGGGGUCUUCGUGCUGCCAAGGAAGCGGCCUGGGAGGACCUGCCUUGGGUGGAGGGACGAGAUGUUUGGUUCUCUGGACAAGAAGGGUCGGGAAAUUGAGUCUGACACCUGGCAAGGCCCACUGCCCGGGCAGCACACUGGGGAGGCUGGCCGGCACCCCGGCAAGGCUCUUCCAGGCCAGGCCCUCGCCGGGGGUCCUGGCAGAGGCCAGCAGUGGGUGCGCCGGGGGACUGCGGCCGGCGGCAGGGUGGGGCAGGACGCCCGUGGGUCAGAUGACAAGAGCGACCCUCCCUUUCCCCACGGAGAGCUCGACAGGGUGCACAUACUUGGGCUGCUUUGGGGCAAGGAUCCCGGGACUGGGCGAGUGCUGGGGCCCCAGGAGGGCUCGGAACACCAGAGAAGAGGAAGAGGGCAUCCCAGUUAUGGGAAUCUGAGCAAGCAGUGUUGGAGACCGAAGGGGAGUGGCCUGUGUGGGGUCAAAGAAGCUGGAUGCCCGGCCACUGGGUACAAAGGACAACUAAAGCCAGAGAAAGGCCAGCUGCCCUUCUUCAGUGAGUCCCCACCAGAGACCAGGCACGAUGCCAAGUUCAUCUCUUCAUUUCAGAGUGGAGAGACGGGCUCAGAGAAGUUCAGUCAGUUGCCCAAGGACUGGAGUUCCAGAAGCAAACAGUGGCAAUCAGACGACUGCUGCCUGAGACUCCAGACGGCAGGCCCGGAGGGUUUGCUGCCUUGGAACCCGAGACGCCUCCACCUGUUCCACACCAGCCAAGGGCAUCUGAGAAAUGGAUGCAUCAUCUUUCCUGGACCGUGCUGGAAGGCUGGAUUCCUAGAAGACAGGAAUUUAUGGUGUGAGAGCUCCAGCCCCCGCAAACCCGCAGCCAAGGUCAACAGCACGAGGGGGGCAGCCCUGCCAAGCGAGGAGGGGAGCAGUGACUUUGGGAGCUGGUUGCACAGAAAACCAAAGUACAUGCAUUAAAAAAAAAAAAAAAAAAAUCCCUUCUCUCCCUCACGUUCCCAAACUGGGGGCUUAAAAAAAGUCCCCCAGACUGGCCCAGACAAGGCCCCUUGUCUGGGAAGACUGAACCCAUUUGGAGACAAGGCAUGCGAAGCUGCUGGGGCGGGGGCCCAUGGAAGGCCUCGGGGUGGGUGGUGAGCAGGCUACGCAUGUGUCCUCGUCCUUCGAGCCAACCGAGGGCAGCUGAGAUGGAAAUAGGAGCCCUGGGCCCUUCAGAAAGCCCCCCAACGUGACAGCCUCAUUUGCCCCCUCUCCCCUCUCCCUUCCGGAGUCGGGGGUCUUGACUACCCACACACACUGAAUGCCCAGCACCCUGGGGACCAGAGCUCCCUGUCACAGGCCCUGAGCCUCUGGCAGGAGAGAAUAAGUUUGCCCCAGCCUCCUAGGGAGCUGAGGAGGGUCCUGGAGACCACCUCGAUUCAGACUCCAACGACUGGGCGCUGGGAAGAUAGCCCCCACCCUGGUCCAGAGCCUGGGCAGGUGCAGCUAAACACCCACCGGUUAUCUGUGCACCUGACGUUUCUGAACCCCAUGGGGUUGCACCACCUGGGAAAAUACAACAAGGCAGCCUCCUGCCCUGGAGAAUCCCCAGCAAGCGGCGGGGGGGAGCACUGACAUGGAAACGGAUGGCGACCAACACGUGAGGGGCUGUGGGUCCCCCCAGGGGGGGAGUGAGCACCCUGGGGUGCAGAGAAAGACAUUGGGCAGAGAAAGCUUCCUGAAGGAGGUGCCCCCCAGGGGUGGCCGGAGUUCACCAGGCGGACAUCCAGUGGGAGGGGGGCUUGGAGGGAACAUUCCAGCUAAGUCCACAGCAUGUGCAAAGGCCCAGAAUGUUUAUACCUUGGUAAGACUUUUCAUAUAAAUAAAUGCUCAAAUCCAAAAAAACAAAAAGGCCUCUG